UAACAAAUCUCUUUCCUCCAAUAUCACCUGACAUAACUGGCCGUGAUAUAGCUGACAUAAAGACCACAGCGGCGUUGAACCCAGCCCAAAAAUGCAAGAAGGAUUGCUAUGCAUCUAUGUGAAUCAAUCACAGCUGAAGAGACUUCUAAACAGGGACGAUGUUUGAGUGGUUACUGCAGUUGUGGCCCCAGUCGGUGAUAACCCAGGCUCUUGUUGUUGGGGGUGUGGUUGGUGUGAUCGCCCAUAAACUCUUCAAGAAACGAGACAACUUGCCACCCGGACCCAAAGGAUGGCCACUCCUAGGAAACAUUUUGGAAUUACAAGGGGGUCUCCUGUUUCGGAAAUUCCGUGAUUGGACCAAACCUUCCGGCCAGUUAUGAAGAUUAUGUUGGGUCCUCGGAUUGCAGUUGUUUUGAGUCGAAUCGAUGUGGUAACAGAGGCUCUUGUUACAAGACAAACAGACUUUGCCGGGAGGACUGACAUUUGUUUUGUUAAUGUGAUUACUGAUGGAGGAAAAGACAUAGCCAAUGCAUCGUAUGGCCCAACGUGGAAGUUGCACAGGAAAAUAGCAUCUAAAGCGCUGAGGCACUAUCUCAGGGGAGAUAACCUGAGUCGUAAAGUGUCCCAAUCCCUCAAAACAUCUACACAGUUGAUGAGAAAGGAACCAGGAGCCUUUGAUCCUUUCCCCUACCUGUCACUUGCGAUCUCCAACGUGAUGACAGGAAUGUUGUUAAAUAAAGUCAGCGAAAAUACAGACUCCGAAAGCUAUAAAACAUACGUUGUCAACCUAGACAAUUUAAUGAAGGAAACUGAAGAUGGUUUUCUCGAAGAUCUAAUUCCCCUGCUUCAUCUGUGUCCAACGCCGAGAUUUAGACGUGUUGUUGGUAUCGCAGAAAGGAUUGGAGAGGCCGUCAGGAUCGAAAUUGCUGCCCACAGAGAAAAGUUCAAAAAGGAUGAGUUACGGGACUUCACAGACGCCUUGAUACUAGCUCAGAAAGAGGCUGAGGAGGAGGACGACCCAACCCUGAUGUCACAGAUCACAAACACACACAUGGUCAAUGCAAUCAGCGACCUGGUCGUUGCUGGAACAGAUACCACCAGGAACACACUCCACUGGUCUCUCCUGACCAUGGCUCUCCAUCCUGAUAUUCAGAAGAAGGUACAAGCAGAGGUGGACUCUGUUAUUGAUCCCGAACUAAACGUUCACGUUUCGGACAGGAACAGGCUUCCAUACACAGAGGCAGUGCUACACGAGAUCAUGAGGAUGAGGACAGUAGUCCCCACUGGUAUUCCUCAUUCCACCCUUUGCGAUACCACAGUUGGUGGAUACGAUGUUCCCAAGGGUACAAUGGUGUUUAUCAACCACGACGCCUUGCACUUUGACCCUGACCAAUGGGAGGACGUCAAUACGUUUAAACCUGAAAGAUUCCUAGACUCUGAGGGGAAGAUGGGACCCAAGCCAGAAAGCUGGCUUCCGUUCUCUGCCGGAAGGAGAGUUUGUCUCGGCGAGACUGUCGCCAAGCCUGAACUUCACCUCUUUCUCGCUGGAAUUCUGAGAGUAUUCACAAUUUCACUUGCCCCAGGAACACAGCACGACUUUGAGCCACGGAGUACAGGAGCACAAAAUACCCCAGGGAAAUACCAAAUUGUCGCCAAAUCGAGAAGUUAAAAUUGUGUAAAAUAUAGAACCAGACAUGGACGAUCUGUCAUAUGAUAACUUUUCAACUAACAUUUUGUUAUGGCAUGCAAAGUAUUUCCGUGGCAUUUAUGAAUGUUCCAGUUUGCUGCUGAUAAAUGAAGGUGCAAAAAUGUCGUUAUUGAUUGAUUACAUACUGGCAAUCACGCAAAUGUGUGAGGCUUGAAAGUUGUCUGAACAAAUAUUGAUAUAGAA